AUGGCUGAAAAAGACAUUAUUCAGUAUCUUUGUUCUGAUACAGGAGAUAUUUAUGAAAGACAAGAUUAUGGAAAUACAUAUUUAUCAUAUUACAAUUCAUUAUCACUUAAUAAUGAUGCUAUUGCUACUAAGGAUUUCAACAGAAAAAUAGAUCAAAAACAAAAAUAUAUAAAUUCAGAUUUAAAUGAUACUGAGAAAAUAUUACAACUUGUAAAUAAUGAAGAAAUUACUACAAUAUAUGUUGUUGCAGGUGGAUCAGAUAGAAAAAGAAUUGAACAAUUGGAAUUUAAAGAUCAUGAUACGUUUAGAUCAAUGUUAAAUAUGUUAUUAAUUAUUAUAAAAAAAGAAGAAUUUAAAGGAAAAUGUAUUAAUAUUAUAUGUAAAUCUAAAGAAUUUAGAUUUAUUAUUAAAUAUAAAAUACAUCGUUGGAUUGAAGCUGAUUUAAAAAAAGAUAAUGAUAAAAUACUUGAAAAAAUUAGUAAUAAUACAGAUUUUGAUGAUCUUGAAGAUAUAGAAUAUUCUGAAAUUGUUAAUAGAAUAGAUGAUAUUAUGGGUAAAAAUGAUAUUAUGAUUGAUGCUGAAUUAAGUAUUGGUCAUAUUAAUAAUGUGAAUGCAUUUUUCAGAAGUUUUAAACCUAUUAUUAAAAAAUCUAAAAAUAAAGUAAUAAGACAAAGACAAAACAAAUGUUAA